CUUUUACUGCAUUUUGGAGGUGGCUUAUAUUGCAGAAUGGGUGAAACUGGGAAGCGAGCUCGCUUUCAGAGGGACAGGGACAAUGACUCGGACAAGAAGCAUCAGAAGAGAUGGACAGAUAGAGAUGACAGAGGCAAUGACGAGGUGGUUGUAUAUAGAAUAUUGUGUCCAGAUGGGUUUAUUGGGAGUGUGAUUGGAAAGAGUGGGAAAGUGAUAAAUUCGAUCAGGCAAGAGACUAGGGCGAAGGUUAAAGUGGUGGAUCCAUUUCCUGGUGCUAAGGAUAGGGUGCUAACAAUCUAUUGCUAUGUUAAGGAAAAGGAAGAUGUUGAGGUUGAUGAGGAAUUCAAUGAUGAGGAACCUCUUUGUCCUGCCCAGGAUGCACUGCUCAAGGUGCAUGUGGCAAUUGCAAAUGCUGUUGCUUCUGUUGGGGAUUCAGAUAAAAAGCGAAAAGAUAGAGAGGAUUGUCAACUUCUUGUUCCAUCUAGCCAGUCUGCAAAUAUUAUUGGGAAAUCUGGGGCUACUAUAAAGAAACUGAGAAGCAAGACAAGGGCAAACAUUAAGGUUACCCCAAAAGACGCCAGUGACCCCACUCAUUCAUGUGCCUUGGACUUCGACAACUUUGUUUCGAUAAGUGGCGAUUCAGAUGCAGUGAAGAAAGCUCUGUUCGCAGUUUCUGCCAUCAUGUACAAGUUCACUCCAAAGGAGGAGAUUCCUCUAGAGACUUCUGUACCGGAAGCCCCUCAUAGCAUCAUUAUCCCUUCAGAUGUUCCCAUCUAUCCUGCGGCUGGACUAUAUCCUAACGUGGAUCCUAUUGCAUCUUCCAGAUCUGUUACUUCCAUUUUAGGUCCUACGCAUGUACCAGAACUAUCAAGCUAUCCUGAUACAGGCAGCACAUGGCCAGUUUAUUCAUCUGCCCUUCCUGUGGUUUCUGGGUUUGGGGGUGCAUCUCGAUCUGAGGAGUUAACUAUAAAGGUGUUGUGUCCCUUUAACGUGAUUGGCCGUGUAAUUGGCAAGGGGGGGAGCUCCAUUAAAAGUGUCAGGCAAGCUAGCGGUGCUCGGGUUGAAGUGGAUGAUACCAAGACGGAUCGUGACGAGUGUGUCAUCACUGUUAACUCAACAGAGUCGCUGGAUGAUCUGAAAUCCAUGGCAGUUGAAGCUAUUUUACUGCUGCAAGAAAAGAUAAAUGAUGAAGAUGAUGAUACUGUUACUAUCCGGCUCCUUGUUCCAUCUAAAGUUAUUGGGUGUAUUAUUGGAAAAAGUGGUUCAAUCAUAAACGAAAUUCGGAAAAGAACUAAAGCUGAUAUCCGUAUCUCAAAAGGUCAAAAGCCCAAGUGUGCUGAUAGCAAUGAUGAACUUGUUGAGGUGGUUGGAGAAGUUGGUGGUGUGAGGGAUGCACUCAUUCAGAUUGUUUUGAGACUCCGAGAUGACAUUUUGAAAGAUAGGGAGGCUGGUCGGAAUCCAUCUGCUGGUGCUGAUUCGUUCUACUCUGGUGGCACUGGUCUUUCACUGCCUUCAGUUUUGCCCAGUGUACCUCCAGUUGCUCCAAUGAGUUAUGAGCAGAGGGCUGAAACUGGGAGUGGGAUGGGCUUACUUUCCUCAAGUAGUCUCUAUGGAUAUGGAUCCUUGUCGGUGGGAGAUGAUGGCUAUGGCGCUUUGUCUUCAUAUUCAUCGAAGCUGUAUGGAGGGUUGCCUCCACCCUCAACCCUAGAGAUGAUUGUCCCUGCAAAUGCAGUUGGUAAAGUUAUGGGUAAAGGUGGUGCGAAUAUCGAGAAUAUCCGCAAGAUAUCUGGAGCUGCCGUGGAGAUAUCUGACUCCAAAUCUUCCCGAGGUGAUCGUGUGGCUCUAAUAUCUGGAACACCUGAGCAAAAGCGUUCAGCUGAAAACUUGAUUCAGGCAUUUAUAAUGGCCACUUGACUUAUGAAGAUUCUGCGUCUUAUGUGAAGGUGAACUUUGUGUUAAAUCUUGGGGCCUUCUUCAAGAGUUUCGUCUUUGUAGUUCAUCUAGGUUUUGGUUGCGGAGAUAUGUGUUCCUUAGGUUUCUUCUAUUGGACUCUCGGUUCUUCUGUGUGCAGGAAGAUUUAAUCAUGGCUCUAUUUUGGGGAUAUAGGUUUAGCCUUAUGUUGCUUAAUAGGAGGCUCUACUCAUCUGCGGUUGUCUUAGAACUUAAUAGGAUCUUUUCUUUCCUAUCUAGUGUUUUAAUCAGUUCUUAUCCCUGGUUAGUGGUGGAUUCCAUCUUAUUUCCAAGGUUGCUAAAUUCUAUACAUUUGAUGUUCUUGCCAGAAUACUCUGCUGAUCGUAAUUGUCAAACUCAUAAUGCGGAUUUUUUUAGUGUUUUUGCCAUUCACUCCUCCUGAUCUCAGCUUCUUCAGAAGGAUCUUCUGAUUCUUCUCAAUCAAUGAUGCAUGCUUCAAUGCGGUUUGGUAUUUUCUCUCCUUGAUACUUUCCUGCCUUGGUGGAUAUUUACAAAUUAGAGUUACGAACUUCAUCUUCUGAUAGUUGAUAUGCUACAUAUGCUUGAGGCAUUGAAUUGUUACCCUUAAUUUGCUUUCUAAUCUAUUGCUUUGCUAUUUCACAAAUCAAACACUACAGUUUUGUCAUGAAAAUUGCAGGUUCCCAUAGUUAUAGACAGAUUCCGCGGCUUCUGAGGAAUUCCCUGUUCGUUAUGUUAGAUCUAAUCUUGUGCCUCUUAUGCGAUUCCAUGCUCUUCAUCUGUUGCUUGGCUAUUUCACUAACCAAACACAAUAGUUUUGUCAUGAAAUUUGCAGGUUCCCAUAAUUAUAGACAGAUUCAUCUGCUUCUGUGGAAUUCCUUGUUCACUAUAUUUUAUCUAAUCUUGUGCCUCUUAUGAGAUUCCAUGUCUUUCAUCUGAAAAUCCGUCAGCAUGUUUUAUAUUAUGGCCUUCUCAGAACCUAAUCUAUUAAUCCUUUUUAUUUUUUCUACUCUAAG